CUAAUCAUCCCACUCUUCCCUUACCUCCAUUCUCUUCUCUCUUCCCUUCCUUUCACAAAACAAAAACACCUUAUUAUUAUCAAUCUCUCUCUCUUGAGUUAUCUUGAUGGGUCUUAAUAAUCAAGAUGCUAGUAACAACUCAGGCCUUCAACUUAUUCUAGGCUUAGCUCUUACUCUUACCAAACAAGACACACCACCAUCCAACAACAACGUUACAAAGCCUUAUUCCUCAAGUAAUCAUAACAACUAUGAAGCUGAACCAUCUUUAACGUUGGGUUUAUCCACUAAGAGUUACUAUGAAGAACCUCUUGAUUUUUCUACACAAACAAAUUCACCUCAUCACAGCGUUGUUUCCUCUUUUUCAAGUGGGAGGGUGAAGAGAGAAAGAGAUGUUAGCAGUGAAUUAGAAAUGGAAACAACGGAGAUGGAGAGAGUUUCUUCGAGAAUCAGCGAUGAAGAUGAAGACGGUGCCACUGCAGCUAGGAAGAAGCUUAGGCUCACCAAAGAUCAAUCUGCUAUGCUUGAAGAAAGCUUCAAAGAACACAGCACUCUCAAUCCUAAACAGAAGCAAGCUUUAGCCAGAGAGUUAAAUCUAACACCUCGACAAGUCGAGGUCUGGUUCCAGAACCGUAGAGCCAGAACAAAGCUGAAGCAAACAGAAGUGGAUUGUGAGUUCCUAAAGAAAUGUUGUGAAACAUUAACAGAAGAGAAUAGGAGGCUACAAAAGGAGGUGCAAGAAUUGAAGGCACUGAAACUAGUAAAACCCUUGUAUAUGCCUAUGCCAGCAGCUACCCUUACUAUGUGCCCUUCAUGUGAGAGACUAGGUGGUGGUGGUGGUGUUAAUGGUGGUUCUUCAAAUAAGACCAAUUUCUCUAAGCCUCACUUUUACAACCCCUUCACAAAUUCUUCAGCAGCAUGUUGAUUUGUUACUAAGAAAAAAUAUAUGAUAAAAGAAGAAAACAACAAGAGUGCUUUCCCUCACAACCUUUGUAUUUUUUUGGUUGAAGGGAAACGUAUGUCAACUAUAUAUGAAAGGGUUAAGGGUGUAAUUGAUUAAUACUGUGUAGAAACUGGUUAAGGAUCAAUAUUACUUUUUGUUCUUUUAUUUUCCUAUAUUCUAUGUUUGUAAAUUACUAUAUAGUAAACAUGGAUCUAUGAA